AUGAGUCUUUUGGUAGAUAAAUAUCGACCAACUUCACUUGACCAGUUGACCUAUCAUCAUGACCUAUCACACCUGCUUAAAAUUACAGCGCAUUCAGGCAAUUUUCCACAUAUGCUUAUGUAUGGUCCUUCCGGUGCAGGAAAAAAAACGCGUAUUUCUUGCAUAUUAAAAGAAUUAUUUGGUGAAGGUGUUGAAAAAAUCAAGAUAGAUCAACGGACUUUUGUUACAUCUUCGAAUAGAAAAUUAGACGCAAAUAUCGCAUCUAGUAUUUAUCAUUUAGAAGUAACGCCUAGUGAUGUUGGAAAUUAUGAUCGAUUAGUUAUUCAAGAAUUAAUAAAAGAUGUUGCACAAACUCAACAAGUAGAUUUAAAUGCAAAACAACGAUUCAAAGUAAUCAUUAUAAAUGAAGCUGAUGCGCUUGGUCGUGAUGCUCAAGCGGCGUUACGUCGUACAAUGGAAAAAUAUGCUAAGAAUAUAAGAAUUAUUUUUUGUUGUAAUGUCACAAGUAGAAUAAUUGCACCUAUUCGAAGCAGAUGCUUGCUUGUUCGAGUGGCCGCACCUACUAUUGAGGAGUCCACCCAAGUUCUUAGAAAAAUAGCAACAAAUGAAAAAAUUAAAAUAAGUGAUGAUGUCUUAAUUCGAAUUGCUGAAAAAUCAAAGGGAAACCUAAGAAGUGCCAUUCUGACUUUCGAGACGAUGAUCAUGCAACAGGUUAAUAUCAGCAAAACUUCCGAAAUACCCUCACCAGAUUGGGAAGAUCAUAUAGAAAAUAUCGCUAAAUCUAUUAUCAAAACGCAAUCAUCCGCCAAGUAA